CUUAAAGAUGACUCAUGGAUCACCAACUUCGAGCGUCUGAAGGAACUCCGAUCGUUGUGUAACGAUGCUGGCUUCCUCCGCAGCAUCAAUCGUAUUAAGAGAGACAACAAGGUUAAAUUUGCUUCCUACAUGGAAGAGCACUAUGGAAUUAAGAUCGAUCCUUCCACUCUCUUCGAUAUUCAGGUAAAGCGUAUUCAUGAAUACAAGCGUCAGCUAUUGAAUUGCUUCUACGUUAUCUCUCAAUACAACAAGAUCAAGGCUGAUCCCAACACCAAAAUGGUGCCUCGUACUAUCAUGAUUGGUGGCAAAGCCGCCCCUGGCUACCAUAUGGCCAAGUUGAUCAUUAAAUUGAUUAACUCUGUUGGCAAUGUCAUCAAUAAUGAUCCUGUUGUUCGUGGAAGACUCAAACUUAUCUUCCUGGAGAACUACCGCGUCUCGCUGGCCGAAAAAAUCUUCCCGGCUGCUGAAUUGUCUCAACAAAUUUCAACUGCUGGUACGGAAGCCUCUGGAACAGGCAACAUGAAAUUCAUGGUAGGUCUAGACUCAUCGCCUUGGCAGAUAUUCUUCAAAGGGUAG